AAGGAUACAUGGAUUUGACAUCAUAUCAGUCACAGUCACAGAGUCAAGUUUAUAUUCAUGAAGGAAGUGUGUUACAUCAGAUCGCAAGACAAGGUUGAGAGGAAGGUUGGCCACUGAAGGGGUCCUUUGUUGAGAGGAAGAAGAGUACGAUGUGACACUUCUCAUUGCAAAAGUGUGUACUUUCUAUGGAGAGCAUCAAUUUGUUUUCAUGAUGAAACCUGCUAACACAGUCGUGGCCCAGACUCUACUUCUACUGGCACAGUCACUCUGCGUCUCCACCAUACUCAUCUGCCCAAACCUUAGUUAUCUGGAAACAGUUGUACAGUUGAUAUGUACAGGGGGAGGUAUUUUACACUCGUAUAUCAGCCCCAGAGGUGUUGAGGUUGCACAAUGUUCACUGUUUGGUGGACCGUGUGAUCCUUCGGACGCCCCAGUGACUGUCAUUAACAACACUCAAACUAUCUUUAACAUACCCAGUGUACAGUUAAAAGAUGUAGGGACAUGGUCGUGUAAACCUGGACGUGGAGCUCCUGGUACAUGUAAUCUGACUGCUGCAAAGAAACCAACAUGCAGCAUCAUCAGUCAGGAGGACACUGAUGUACUUGCCCAGUGUCAGGAGCUGACACUCACAGUGGACAUACAAGACUACUACUGUUCCACAGCCUUCACCUUCUCACUCCAGACCGGGAAUGUGACAACACUGCUGAUGGAAGCUGACUCUGUAGCAAGUGUUACUCACAACACUUCUUCAGUAACCCUGAAUGUGACGGACUCCCACCUGGGGGUUGUAAGACUGAUGUUUAGCUGUCACAACAGUCAAUGGAAUCUUACUUGCAAUGGUGUGACUGAACUCAUUCCAAAGACCCCGGCAUGCAAGAUAACCAGUGACAAAGAUACUGAGACGCUGACCCUGUAUGAGGAAGUGACACUAACAGUGGACAUUGCUGCCUUCUACGACAUACGUGGCUCCUACUGUUCUGUAGAUUCCAACUUCACUAUUCAGACCUGAGAUGUCACACAAUUACUGAAUGUUGCUGGAACCGGGGCUGAUCAUAAUCUUUCACCAAAAACCUUCAAUGUGACUGAAACACACUUGGGUGGUGUAAGGCUGGUAUUCUACUGUCAACACAAACACUGGAAUCUCACCUGUGAGGGAGUAGGGGAACUCAAUAACAAAACCAAAACAGAUGAUGGACUAGCCACAGCCUCAACUCCAAUUAUUGCUGCCAGCGUUGUUGGUGCGAUAGUGUUUCUCAUCAUCGUCGUCGUCAUCAUCGUGUUUCUCGUCAAAAGAAAACAGAAUCCUUAGAGAGAUAGGACAUGGAAUUGCAUAUAGACGCAGUUUGGUAAAUUUCCUUGUGUGUGUUCACAUGAUAUAGCUUGUAUAUAUACAUAGCUGAUCGUGUGCUUUAGGGAAAUGUCCACCCCUUGUCUGCAAUAUGAUCACUUUUUCAGCCUCUUUAUACAAACAGACGUUCAAAAGAAACUAUACCAAGAAACGUUAUCUCAUAUUCCU